AUGAAACUGGAAGUUCUCAGGGUGGAGCCUGAUGGAGUCCGAUGGUUGACACCAGGACCAAGGAAACAUUCCUGUCAACUCACCAUCGACACAAACACAAUGCACCGAAAACUGAAACUGUCUGAAGACAACAAGACGUUGACAUAUGAAGGGGACGAGCUUCAGCCGUAUCCUGAUCAUCCAGACAGAUUUGAGUAUUUUCACAAUGUCCUGUGUGAAACUCCUCUGACUGGUCGCUGUUACUGGGAGGUGGAGUGGAGAGGAGGAGUUGAUAUAUCAGUGAGUUACAGAAGAAUCAGGAGGAAAGGAGACAGUAGAGCCUGUGUGUUUGGAGAAAAUGAUCAUUCCUGGUGUCUGAUCUACGCUGAUUAUAAGGAGUGCUAUGUCAGGCACAAUGAUGUAAAAACUCGUCUUCCCUGCUCCUCUUUUUCUCACAGAGUAGGUGUAUAUGUGGAUUAUCCUGCUGGCAUUCUGUCCUUCUACAAAGUUUCCUCUGACUCACUGACCCAAAUCUACACCUAUAAAACCACAUUCACUGAACCUCUCUAUGCUGGGUUUGGGCUCUGGAUCUCUGGUUCUAAACUGGUUCUGAAGAACUAGAGUUUCUCAUGUCAGAGAAUUUCUCUCUGUUAAAGUCAAAAGUAAAAGUCAAGACAGUUCAAAGUUCUUUUCCCCAUAAUAACAUAAUACAGUUUAAAAUUAGGAAACAUUAAAUAUUGUCAGAUAUGAAAAUGAUGAAGCAAAAAUGCAUCAAAUAUGUUGAUCAGUGUUGUAGGAGCAGAUUAUGAAUUUCUGUAUUCCAAAUGGUUUGGGUCACAUGAUCUGUCAGCUGUCUAUUUAGGUAGCACCUGGUGUUGAUGAAGGCAGGUGUGUUCCACCCGAAAAGGGGAAACAGUUUUGACCGCAACGCAAUGCAAUAUUGACGUGAUGCAAUGCUACCGCUAUGGAACUAAAUGCUGUGUGGAUCACUGAGAAUAUGUAUGCGGUGUUAUUGACAACAUGUUAGAGGAAUGACUUGUACAAAGGAAAUAAGAUGAUGAUUGCCGAGUCAAGAUAAUAAAUGGAUUACCUGCA